CCGUCACAGAUUGUAACCAGUUGUCAUAUUUGGUCGACCGGCAGUAGUUUGUUUUGAGUUUUGUUAAGUUUAUUUUUAACUUCUAUUCUCAAAACGCAAGCUCUAGUUUUAACAACAGUACUUAAACAAUCUUAGUGUCUUCUGCAACCUUCAUUAUCACUUGUGCAACGAUCAAAAUAACGAAAAAUGUCCUCGCAAGAUGUCCCCACCGUUCUGCAGAUUUACACCAACUGUGUGAACUUUGCAGCUGUCAAGCAUCGCAACCAGCGCCGACUAGAUUCGGACAAGACGCCGUACAUCAACCACCCGAUCGGGGUCGCUCACAUUUUGACCGCCGAAGGUGGUGUGACCGACUUUGAGGUCAUUCAGGCAGCGAUUCUGCACGAUACCGUUGAAGAUACGGACACUUCGUUUGAGGAAAUCGAGCAGAAUUUUGGACUGCGAGUGCGAAAAAUUGUCGCGGAGGUUACCGAUGAUAAAUCGCUGGCCAAAGCGGAACGGAAACGGCUCCAGAUCGAGCAUGCUGCCGUGGUAAGCCCGCAAGCGAAGCUGGUUAAGCUGGCCGAUAAGAUCUACAACUUGCGGGAUCUGCAGCGUUGUAAACCGGAAGGAUGGACCGAGGAACGUCGCCGGGAGUACUUUGCGUGGGCCAAAAAGGUCUGUGACAAUCUCAAGGGGACAAACCGUGCGUUGGAGGACAUUCUGGACGAGAUUUUUCGACAAGAGAAUGUAGCUUAGAGUAUUUAUUUUGGAAAUAAAUUUGAAUCCUAUCAGCUA